UUUAAUAGAGGACAGCUACUCCACUGCCAUCAGCGCAUCUGUUGCCGCAUAUGACAAUGCCAGCCUCUACGCGCAGGCUCAGCAGACGACCUCUCCCUACGCUGCACGCCCUGCCAUGACUCCUGCUUCCUACGCCCGAACUGGAUAUUACAACGCCAGUAUGUAUUCUCUUGCCUUUCAACUUUACGCCAUGAACUCCCGAUGACAUACAAGAAUCAUCAAAUGCUUAACAUCAUCAUUUUUACACUUGCCAAUUAGGCCAAAUGGUUGCACCCCACAUGCCUUCGUACUCGCAGGCCGACCUCACUGCUACGACCUAUGCCAUAACCUCGGCCAUCCAGAGCAAUCCCACUCAGGCCAUGACAGCUUCGUACAUGUCUCAGCCCCCCAGCCUUCCUAUUGGUAACUACAGCCCUUAUUCCAACAUGAUGAACAAGGCCAACCUCAAGUUCACCGGAAACAUGGACGAUAUGGCUAUCAACUGGAGCGGAGAGGAAUGGGAGGCCCACCGUCGCCUGGUCCAGUUUUGGAGACGUCAGGACGGCAAUGACAUUCACUGCAGCUUCGCCCCUGUUUCGCCUGCUGAACGUCAGCCCAACAGUAUCGUUGUUUCCUGCAUCUACUGGGCCGAGCGUAACGACUGCUUCUUGACCUCGGUUGACUGCAUCUAUUUGCUCGAGUCCUUGAUCGCCGUCCGCUUCACAGUCGAGGAGAAAAAUCGCAUCCGCCGCAACCUUGAGGGAUUCCGCCCCAUCACUGUCUCAAAAUGCAAGCCCGAGAGCGCCGAGUUCUUCAAGCUGAUCAUGUCCUUCCCCAACCCCAAGCCAAGAAACAUUGAGAAAGAUGUCAAGGUCUUCCCCUGGAAGGUCCUGUCCUAUGCUCUCAAGAAAAUCAUCAGCAAAUACACUGCCUCGUACAGCAGUACAGCCAGCAUCCAGGCCGAGACUUUCCACAAUGCCAACUUCCCCCACGGCUCGACCUUGCCCUUGACGGCACAACAGCAGUCCAUCCUCGAGUCCAGCAUCAUUGCAUAAUUCGCAUAAGUUGUAUUUGCAUUUGGUAUUGUUUUUUUCUUCCUUGCAUCUUGGAUAUACUAUGUAGUUCAUGUCGUUUGCUUGUCAUCUUUUCCUUGUACCUUAUAGUCUAGUUUUCAUCCUUGUAUAUUCAUUUGCUGUUUACCAUGUUACAUUAAGAACCGGCGGCAGAUUCGUGUGCUCUGCCUCCAAUGCACAUAAUAAAAUAUAAAAUCAAAAAUAAUCUAACAUAACACAAGUCGAGCCUGCUCUUUGAAAAUGAGCUCUUGAUACUCCAGAUAAUAAUGUGCAGUAAGGCUCCUGGUAAAGUU